CGUUUCGGUGACGACGCUUCCGUUUGCUUCUUUGCCGCUAGUUCAGAUCUGAACGCCAGUAGCCGCAGAGGGGAAGAGACACAUUUAUAUCAUGCAGCGCAUAAGCCAUCACCUAACACAAAAGCUCGUGCCAGGCCUUAGCAGAGACUUGAACACCAAAACGGUUAACUUUUCUCUUCGCCAGCGGCAGCAGCCGGUCCGAGCUUUUACACAGAAAUUAUUGCCGGCAGCGCUGCUAACGCCAUCAUUUCCAUUCGCGAUCAGACGAUAUUCGGAAGGCAAAAAAACCACAACUUUGGGCUCGAAAAUGGAGGAUCAAAAACUGCUGCAGGCCACGCUGGAGGAUAGCGAUCCGGAGCUGGCGAAUCUCAUCAAGCAGGAGAAGGAGCGACAGCGCGAGGGACUCGAAAUGAUUGCCAGCGAGAAUUUCACUUCGGUGGCCGUUCUGGAGAGUCUUGGCUCCUGCCUGACCAACAAGUACUCGGAGGGAUAUCCCGGCAAGCGGUACUAUGGCGGCAACGAGUUCAUUGACCGCAUCGAGCUGCUGGCCCAGAAGCGCGGCCGUGAGCUAUUCAAUCUGAACGAGGAGGUGUGGGGCGUGAAUGUCCAGCCAUACUCGGGCUCUCCGGCCAAUAUGGCCGCCUAUGUGGGCGUCUGUCGUCCGCACGACCGCAUCAUGGGCCUGGAUCUGCCCGAUGGCGGUCAUCUGACGCACGGCUUCUUCACGGCCACCAAACGGAUCUCGGCCACCUCGAUCUUCUUCGAGAGCAUGCCGUACAAGGUGAACCCCGUGACGGGCAUUAUUGACUACGACAAGCUGGCCGAGGCGGCCAAGGCCUUCAAGCCGCAGAUCAUCAUCGCCGGCAUCUCGUGCUACUCUCGCCUGCUCGACUACGGACGCUUCCGUCAGAUCUGCGACGAUGUGGGCGCCUACCUAAUGGCCGAUAUGGCUCAUGUGGCAGGUCUGGUUGCUGCCGGUCACAUACCAUCGCCCUUCCAGUACGCCGACAUUGUGACCACAACCACGCACAAAACCUUGCGCGGACCACGCGCCGGCGUCAUCUUUUUCCGCAAGGGCUUGCGCAGCGUAAAGACCAACGGGGACAAGGUGCUGUACGAUCUGGAGGAUCGCAUCAAUCAGGCCGUCUUCCCAUCGCUGCAGGGCGGACCACACAACAAUGCCAUAGCCGGCAUUGCCACCGCCUUCAAGCAGGCCAAGUCCGCGGAAUUCAAGAGCUACCAGUCCCAUGUGAUCAAGAACGCCAAGGUGCUUUGCGAGGCCCUGAUUGCCAAGGGCUAUCAGGUGGCCACCGGCGGCACUGAUGUCCAUCUCGUGCUGGUGGAUGUCCGAAACGUCGGCCUUACCGGUGCCAGGGCGGAGCUAAUUCUCGAGGAGGUAGGAAUUGCCUGCAACAAGAACACCGUUCCCGGGGACAUGUCCGCCAUGAAUCCGUCCGGUAUCCGUUUGGGCACACCGGCGUUGACCACGCGCGGCCUUGUCGAGAAGGACAUCGAUCAGGUGGUGAACUUCAUAGAUGCGGCCCUCAAGAUCGGCGCCGAGGCCGCCCAGGCUGCGGGCAGCAACAAGAUGGUCGACUUUCAGAAGGUCCUCGCUGAAGAUGCAACGAUCAAGGCCAAGAUCGAGCAGAUCCACAAGUGCGUGAUCGCGUUCAGCAAGCAGUUCCCUCUGCCCGGCCUCAAGACUUUUUAAUACGCAAAAGCAUUUAAAGCAUUUGUUUUUUUUCACGUCCGUUCGCAUCCUUUCGCCAAAUGAAAUGCAAAGAAUUUAAUUGUUUGUAAUAAUUUCCGAUUGCCAGAAACAAGUGGAAAUAGUUGUUAAGAUAAUAAACAAACAGAAACCUCAA